AUUUGAGGUUACGAACAUGAUAUCGGUAGUGCGUUAGACGUGCUCCCGUUGUGGUACCCGGUGAACAAACGUGUUGCUGCAAUUCUGGAACUUUGAGCCCACUUCUUUAGGUAGUUUUCCUUUCGAUUUACUCGUAAACAAUAUAUCGCUUUGUACAGCUCUAGCUGUUGAAGACGGAAUCGAGCGUCAACCACCCGUAUGCCCUAAUGGCCUUCAGUGCUGACGGAGGAGUGGAUAGGAGAUCCCCUGGAAAAGAAUCACGUCAAAGCCGCGAAGAUGAACAGGAAGAUGUCUGGGCUGAGUUGUUUGGCAUUGUUCACAGCCUUGCUGAGACUGUCGGGCUCUCCUUGCAAGCUUUUACUCCCAGCGAUGAUAAGGCAGUCUCGGCCAUUACCAAGAAGCGGCUGGCGCUCCGCUCUAUCCAAGGCUUGAAGCAGGGGCAGCUCGGUAUACAAGCGCUAUCGGAACACCUUAAGGCGCUGCAGGCGGCAUCACACACAUGGCAGCGCUCUAUGAUGUAUGCUUCAAAGAGCCACCAGGAGCUCAUGGAGCAGGUGGAGAGCACGACGGAGGAACUGCGCGUGACCAGCGAACGGUUAAGAGUCGUGGAAGCGCAGCGACUGGCAUCAGUCCGUGAUGCAGAGUCGCUGCGGACUCGAUCUGCACAGCAGGAGGCGCUCAUCAAGGAGAUGCAGAGCAACAUGAAGCAGCGGGAGGAGGAGAUGGAGACCUUGCAGUUCACUGCCCAUGAGGCGCAAGUGGACGCGAAGAGCGCGCUAAAGAGCCUGGAGCUGCUCAAGCGCGAGGCAGCCAAGGCGGACGAGCGCGCGCAGACGGCAACAGCUGCCCUCGAGGAUGCAAAGACGGAGGCCGCGAAGGCCCAGGGGCUGGCUGAGCGGCACCAGCAGGUGGUGGCGAAGCUGACUGCCGACAACCUCGUCUUCCUCAUGCAACUGAAGAAGGCGGAGGCGGACCUGGCAGCGGCCAACCAGGAGCGUGUGCAGCUCCGACUAGCCGCAGAGCAGCAGCGAGGGCCUUGGUUUGACCAGGUUCGGGCUGGCGUAGAGGAGCGUGUGCGGCAAGCACUGCAGCGUUCGCAGGAGCUGGAGGCCCGGUUGGAGAAAAGGGAGAGUGAGCACAGCCACCAAUUGGAGGCUUUGGGGACGCAUCGGGCCCAGCUGGAGGAGGAGCUCGCUGCAGCGCGCCGCCAUGCAGAGGAGCUCCAGCGGCGCUUGGACGCGGCAUUGGAAUCACAGCAGCGGGCUGAGGAUCAAAGCGCUGCCUCGGAGGCCAUUGCGGCGGAAUUGCGGCAACGGUUGGACAACCUCGCGGCUGAGAAUCGCGUGUUGCAGGACUCUGUCCGAAGCAUGCGGCAGGAGUGCACUGAGCGUUGGGUUAACGAGCAGGCGGCGCUGGGUCUUGUGGGUGGGCUUGAGCAGCGCAUCCAAGACUUGGAGCAGACUCUGGGGAAGCAGACUGCGCAGAUCUCUUCGCUGCAGCGGCAGCUUGACACGCAAGCAGGUGUUAACCGCCAGCUUAUGUCGCGCAAAGAGGAGGUGGAAUGGCAGCUCAUGGCUGCGAUGGCCAAGCUCGACGGCGGCGGAGCAGCAGAAGGUCCGGUUCCCCUGAACUUGCACGUCUCAGGGCUACUGCAGGUUGGCGGCCGCGACAAACAGGUUUCCGGCCCACAGGCAUCCGCAGCCGCUUCUGGAGGACUGAAACCCGCUGCCCUCGCGCCCAGCAGCAGCGUCGGAAUGGCUUCUGUGUCCGCAGCCCACGACACGGUUGAGCCGAGUGGUCAUGGCGUCGACGGGUCAGCUUCCAGUAAUGCGCUGCAGAACAGCCGCGUCACCAGGGUGGGGGGUUCGGAGGGCGGUGGGGCCUGCUUACUUCCUGAGCCAACGCUUUUGCUGGCGGAGCCUGACUCAGCGCCGCGGUUAGGUAGCGCCUUGACGGACGUUGCCGCCACCGGCGCCGGCCACCGGGCCCCAUCCCAGCAGCAGCCGCUGAAGGCGUAUGCGGGAAGUGGGCAAGCCAUGAUGGGCCAGGUGUCACAGUCCAGCAACCCGCUGAUGAUGGCUGAGCCUGCUGCUUUCAGCCGCAACAGCUUGACCGCGGGUGCCGGUGCGGUCGAUACCCCUGGCGCCCGUGGCCGGCGGGCUUCGGAUGAGGGCGCAUCUACGGCUGCUAGCAGCCCGCCAAGCUCCGUCGUGCUGUCUGCAGAGCUGGAGUCGCCACAUGCGUAUCCAUCCCAGCCACCUCCUGCAGUCGGCGGCCAGGCGCAUGCAGCCGUGGAGGGAGCAUCCGCUCUUGCAAUCCGAAUUGUGUCUACGGGGUCGCGCCCUGGGCUCGCCGGGAUGAGUGGUCAUGGAGACGGAGGCCGUGGGCCUACUGGUCCUCUCAGCCGCCAAGGGAGCCUCCACGAUGGCAGCCACGUGUGGCUAGGUGGUGCAGGAAGCCCCGCAAGCAGCGAUGGCUCGGACUUCCUGUUCACGGCUGGCGUCACUGUGCAGCAUGGUGUGCAUGUCGGCGGAGCCAUUCACACGCGGCCGCCCCAGCAAGCCCUGGCCAGUGAGCAAUCGCAACAACAGCAGGGAAUGGACGGGCAUUCAGUCCGGCCACCGGCCGCGAAUGGGGCACGGCAGAGCCAGCUGCGAGCGCUCCCAGCCCAACAGUCAGCACCGGAUGAAGACACGGUGUCGACGGCUGACGUGCAGACGCGUGGCGCUGGGCGGUCGGCAUCUUCAUUGGCCGAGGCCGCUGCUGCCGGGAACGUCUUCGGGAUGCCUUCAGUUACCGACAGCUUGGCUAGCAUGUACGGGUCAACGGGUGCUUUGGCGGGUCUCUUCAGCAUCAGCAAGGGCAGCGGAAUGCAGCAUUCGGCGCGGGCUAGUGCAACCUGUUCACCUGUGCACCCUGUGUUCUGCAGCGCCGCUUCUCAGCACGCGUCUACCACUUCGCAUAGCUCGUCCCUAUCGAGUCAACAGCAGCCGCAAGGCCAGCCGCAACAGGGCGACCACGUCGUCCUAGCUGGCACGCCAUCUGCCGUACACUCAACGGCAUCCUUAGGCCGGCCUUCGGCUCUGGUGGAUAUCGACGAGCUCUUCAACCUGGUUGUGGACAAGGCCAACCCGUCAUCUGGGCCAGAUAUUAGUAAUGCUGCAGUCUCCCAGGGGCGCUGGUCAAACCAGGGUGGGGCGCACAGUCGCUCGUGGGAGGCGCCUCCUCAGUUGGCUGCGGAGUCGCCUGAGGAGGAGUCGACAGGUGCCGGGCGCCUUCCGGUGGCAUCACCUGAGGAGCAGUAUGCGGUGCACGAGGACUGCCGAUCUACCUUGCUUCACGCCGGGGGCGCCGCCAGUAGAGGUAUGGAGGACUUCACAGCUUCUGAGCAGGCGGCGAGGUACAGUGGCGCGCUCGACGCAAACACGUCGUCCCUACAGACAUCUUGCAUAAGCGCUCGACCGCACCCACAUGUCAGCAACCCGCAUGCAAAUGGCAUGGGUCCGCAACCGCCCAAGGCAAACAGUGUCAAGAGCGUCCGGUUCUCCGAAGAUGAUGUGAAGGUGCCGCCACCGCAGCAGCAGGGCUGGUCGUUCAGCGAUCAUCCUGACACAGACACCUCCUGGCGCGGCAACCAUAUGAACUCCGCUCUUCAACCGCAAAACUACGGCAGGAGCUCGCCUCAGGGCGGGCCGCAAGUGGGACACAGCGUUGGCAGCCCUGCACGGACACAAGGCCUUCUACAGCACCCAGCAAUUGUGAUGCCUGCCGCCGCCACCGCGAUGACGGCAACCAAAGAAACAUACUUCCUUGACGACGUUGAAGCGACCCCAUCUAAGCGGUACAGCGCAGCUGGCGUGGUGGUGACGGCCGUACCACGUGCGCCAUCGUGAUUGUUGCGGCUUGUACGUAGAUGAAACAAAAUCCGAGCAUUAACUGGCAUGGCUCAGAACUGAUAGUUUACGUGUGCGUCUUGUCGUUGUCAUGUUACUUUGACCGCUUACGGCACUGCAAUUUUGUUUGCGGGUAGCAUGUUGCUGCCCUGAUGGAGCUCGGUGAAUGUCGUUCAGGAGGGUGUUGCUUGAAGCUCGUCGUAUGGUUGCGGCAUUCAGCGGGCCUGCGAACGAGCGGUCGUGGUUCGCACGUGAAACACCUUGCAGCGGACACCGCAGCACACACAUCUUCAUAUUCGUUCAUUUGGGUGCUCUUGCAGCGACGAACUAGCUGCUAACCGCGACCACUUCCUAACAAACUGUCGCAAUUUGCAACUACUUAACUGCAGCCGAUACUCUGUGCAAUAAACAAAGGGAGCAUACCCGUAUGUAAACGUUGCAGGUAGAAA